AUCCGACCCGCGGGCGGAGACGCGUGUGUCGGGCUCAAAGCUCUAUCAAAAACCGUUUUUAACAUUCAAAUCUGUGAUCGUGUUUUCAAGGGUUUAUCAAAAUGUCAUCGGAUCCCGCACCUCUAUCUAAGACUGCUAAAUAUAAGAAGAUAACUAAGCCUCUACUUGAAAGAAAACGUCGCGCACGCAUUAAUCGAUGUCUUGAUGAACUGAAGGAUUUAAUGGUCGGCGCCUUGGAGAUCGAUGACGACAACUUAAGCAAGUUGGAAAAGGCAGAUAUCCUUGAGUUAACUGUUAAUCAUCUCACGAAGUUGCAUAGACCUAAGGAUCCGGUUUUGGAGGCGAAGAAAUUUCAAGCGGGGUUUGGUCAAUGUGCGGCUGAAGCGUGCAGAUUUAUAAUGUCAGUGCCGGAUUUAGACUCAAAAGUGAGUCAAAAUUUAGUUGGGCACCUAUCGAGAUUGAUAACCGCUCAACCGCUGACAAUUCAAGUACCAGAGAGACCAACUUUUUCUCCACCAAUAUCACCUUCUUCAGUAGCUUCAGACAGACACCACUAUUACAGCGACCAUGAGAGAUCUUCAUCCGAUGCCGAAGAUUCAGUCUAUUCAGCCGACAGCGCACCCAAACAGUGGUCAUUUGGAAGACCAAAUAAUAAUAAACAAAACGUUUCUAUUGCCGGUCUUUUAACAACAGUCGAUAAACUGGUUUCGCAUCAUGGCUCCGAACAGGGUUCAAUAAAUGGCCACCGAAAUGGAACUUACUUCAACAAAGUACCGGCUGAGGCGAAAGACGUAAUAUUACAAAAAAUCAGACAACACAUCAUGGACAAACGGGGAAAUGAAAACAUUGCUAACGUCGAUAUCAAUACGAAUUCAGAACUGCCUGUCGAACCUCGUUAUGCAAGAGAUGAAGCUUACAGAAACGAGAUUGCGUAUCAUUAUCCUACACCAAAUAAUUUCCCAAGCAGUAACGACACCUUAGAUCUGCGAAAAAUUCGUUCACCAAUCAAAUCAUCUACACACUCUCCAAAAGAUCAAACUGAAUAUAGGAGCCCAAAUAGAGAACCACCUGUGGUAGAAAAAAAACCCGAAGCGAGCAUCAAUGUACCGGAAUAUUGUGCUUUGCCAAUGGAUUACAGCAAUUUGCCACCUAAAAAGAAAAGAAAAUUAAUCGAAUACCAAGAGUAUAAAAAACAAGAAGAAGCAAGGCGACAGCUCGAUGCUUUUUAUGCGGAGAAAAAAGAUCGCCGAGAUGGACCACCGGUGGACCUUGAAAUAGAUGCAAACAAAUGGCGCCCAUGGUAGUACUUUUUAUGAUAAUUAGGCAACCAGCAAUGUAGAUAACAUUGCGUAGUUAGACACAUAUAAUUGUUCCUUGGAGAGGAUUAGGACCAUUGUGCCUAUAAUUCCUGUAUUAAGAUAAACGAUGUCUAUUAUAAAGUAUAACUACGCAUUUUAUCUAUCACUUCAUUGUUGUGAUACUAAUUCUUCCAUGAUAAAGCUUUAAUUCGUUGUAACUUGUUAUAUUAUUAGUUUAAGUAUUAUAUUACACAGAUGUGCCUUAUUUAAGCGUAUAAGUUAAGAAUUUGAAAUAUAUGUAAAUGUGCCAUGUAUUUGAUCUCCAAGUCUUCCUGAUAUUUGAAAACAUAUGGUUAAUCUUUUUUUUUUAUCUGUAUGUUAUUGUUUUGAAUUACUUUCGAAACAUUUG